GGAGAGCUAGCCCCUCUCAGCCAUCCUGUCCUGUCAUCCAUCCCAGCCAAAUCCGAAAGGGAAAAUGAAAGAGGGACCAGGAGGAACAGGUCCCAGCUGUCUCCCAAGGUCCUGCUCUUGGCUCUAACACCUCAACCCCAACCCCUGCACCAUGGGAGAGUGGGCGUUCCUAGGCUCACUGCUGGACGCGGUGCAACUACAAUCGCCUCUGGUGGGUCGCCUCUGGUUGGUGGUCAUGCUGAUCUUCCGCAUCCUGGUGCUGGCCACCGUGGGCGGCGCGGUAUUCGAGGACGAGCAAGAGGAGUUUGUGUGCAACACCUUGCAGCCGGGUUGUCGCCAGAUCUGCUACGACCGCGCCUUCCCAGUCUCCCACUACCGCUUCUGGCUCUUCCACAUCCUGCUGCUCUCCGCGCCGCCGGUGCUGUUCGUCAUCUACUCCAUGCACCAGGCCAGCAAGGAGGCGGGCGGCGUGGAGGGUGCAGCGCCGUGUGCGCGCGGGCGCCCGGAGGGCUCUUGCGCACCCUGCGCCCUGCGCGCUCGCCGCGCGCGCCGCUGCUACCUGCUGAGCGUGGCGCUGCGCCUCCUGGCCGAGCUAGCCUUCCUGGGCGGCCAGGCGCUGCUCUACGGCUUCCGUGUGGCCCCGCACUUCGCGUGCGCCGGCCCGCCCUGCCCGCACACCGUCGAUUGCUUCGUGAGCCGGCCCACCGAGAAGACGGUCUUCGUGGUCUUCUACUUCGCCGUGGGGCUGCUCUCGGCGCUGCUCAGCGUGGCCGAGCUGGGCCAUCUGCUCUGGAAGGGCCGCCCGCGCUCCGGAGAGCGCGACAACCGCUGCAACCGUGCGCACGAGGAGGCGCGGAAGCUGCUCCCGCCGCCGCCGCCGCCGCCGCCGCCGCCGCCCGCUCUGCCAUCGCAGCACCCCGACCCAGAUCCCUACGCCCCACCCGCCUAUGCGCACCCGGCACCGGCUGGUGACAGCGAAGGCGAGGGCGGAAGCGGCCGCAGCAAGGCGUCACUAGCCACUGUCCGCCAGGACCUGACCAUCUAGCGGCGGUCCCUGCCCUGUGUGGACGGUGAGAUCCCAGGCCGAACCCCACCACCCGGGUCCCUGCCGUAGAAGCAAGAGACUUCCGAAAGGACUGUCGCGGGACCCUGCCUGAGCACAGUGGACUGGCCCAGGGAGGCAUAGCACUUAAGGAGUGCGUGCAGGUGCCACUGGCAGCGGCCAUUCCGAGGUCGCAGAGAAUGAACUAAGGCGGGUCCUUGAUGCUCUGAUCAUGGUCGGAAGGAAGGAGGACAAGGGGACUGAGAAGUGGGAGGGAGGAAGGCAGCUAGUGACCUGGUUGUAGUAGGGACAGAACCAGCUGUGAUACCAGCAUUCCCAGGCGCUCUCCUUGAUCAGAGAGGGGUGACUUCCAUGUGGGUUCUUGGUGAGUGUUCGCAAAUGAACACAUGAAUAUGCUGUGAGAUUUGUGUGCACACGCAAAACCUGUGUGAGCUGUGUGCACCGGGAGCCUGUGAACACCCUGUAUGCAUGCAGGUGCACACACGUGUACACACACACCCCUCCCAAAUGUAUUGUGAAUACAGGUGCACAUAGACACAUGGA